AGCCCGGCCCCUCCCUCGCCGGGGCCGGGGCCCGCAGCGGGCCGGGGGCGGGUCCUGGCACCCACCAUGCGGGCAGAGCUCUGGCUCCUGGUGCUGCUGCUCAGGGAGGCUGCCCGGGCGCUGAGCCCCCCGCCCGGAGCAGGACAGGAUGCAGGCCGCGGCCCUGGAUGGGCUGCCAAGGGGACCACGCAGGGCUGGAGUCGGAGAGCCCGAGAGAGCCCCGGGCAGGUGUUGGAGUCGGACAGGACCCAGCUGAGCCAAGACCCUGGCGGGGGCACGCUGGCCAUUGACACACUGCCAGAUAACAGGACCAGGGUGGUGGAGGACAACCACAGCUACUAUGUGUCCCGUCUGUACGGCCCCAGCGAGCCCCGAAGCCGGGAGCUGUGGGUGGACGUGGCCAAGGCCAACCAGAGCCAAGUGAAGGUCCACAGAAUCCUCUCCAACACCCACCGGCAGGCUUCGAGAGUGGUCUUGUCCUUUGAUUUUCCUUUCUACGGGCAUCCUCUGCGGCAGAUCACCAUAGCAACUGGAGGCUUCAUCUUCAUGGGGGACACGAUCCAUCGGAUGCUCACGGCAACUCAGUAUGUGGCCCCUCUGAUGGCCAACUUCAACCCCGGCUACUCCGAGAAUUCAACAGUCGCUUACUUUGACAAUGGGACGGUCUUUAUCGCUCAGUGGGACCACGUCUACCUCCACGGCCGGGAGGACAGGGGCAGCUUCACUUUCCAGGCGGCUCUGCACCGUGAUGGCCGCAUCGUAUUUGGCUAUAAGGAGGUGAGUGAGCUGAGCUGCAGAGAGGGCUGGGUCUUGGAGUCUUUCAUUCAGCAAAUAUCUGUAGAGAAGCUGCAAAUGUGCCAGGCUCCUCUGAGCGGAGCCUCUGUCCCCAACAGAAAUCUGAGGGAAGGGACCAGGGCUCAUGUGACGAGUCUUGAUCCGGCACCUUCCACAUGCAAGGUUCAGUCCAGUGUGAGGGGCUUGCCUCUGGAGUUGAAAGCAUGGAUUGGAGUCCAAACUCUCCACAAGCGUCUGACCUCUGAAUCUCGGCGAAGGACCAUCUUCGAGUACCACCGUGUGGAGCUGGACCCCAGCAAGGUCACCAGCAUGUCAGCCGUGGAGUUCACCCCACUGCCAACCUGCCUGCAGCAUCGGAGCUGUGAUGCCUGCGUGUCCUCGGACCUGACCUUCAACUGCAGCUGGUGCCACGUCCUCCAGAGAUGCUCCAGUGGUUUUGACCGCUACCGCCAGGAGUGGCUGGCCCACGGCUGUGCCCAGGAGGCAGAGGGCAGGACGUGCGAGGACUUACGGGAAGGAGGCCACUACUCGGCCUCCCCCAACAGCUCCUUCAGUCCCUUUGAUGGAGACCUCACCACCACCUCUUCCUCCCUCUUCAUCGACAGCCUCACCACCGAAGAUGACACCAAGUUGAACCCCUAUGCAGGAGGAGACGGCCUUCAGAACAACCUAUCCCCCAAGACCAAGGGCCCCCCCGUGCACCUGGGGACCAUCGUGGGCAUUGUGCUGGCAGUCCUCCUGGUGGCAGCCAUCAUCCUGGCCGGGAUUUACAUCAACGGUCACCCCACGUCCAACGCUGCACUCUUCUUCAUCGAGCGGAGACCUCACCACUGGCCAGCAGUGAGAUUCCGCAACCACCCCAACCACUCCACGUACACAGAGGUCGAGCCCUCGGGCCACGAGAAGGAGGGUUUCGUGGAGGCUGAGCAGUGCUGAGAGCAACAGGUCUCCCCUUGGAAGAAUGGAAAAAAGACCCGGGGACCCCAGAGAAGACCAGUCAAAGCAAAGUGGAGAAGUCACUUUUCUUGGCUUCCUCUGAACAUCCCCUGGCCAGGCAGAUGGAGACGAGACUGUGACUUAUGGUGCCCAAGCCACAGUUUGGCCAUCGCAAACCACAUACGGAAGCAAGGGGACAGAAAAGCAACCACGGGAGCUUUCUAAGGGACAACAACCUAAUUUCAUCCUGUUUUGAUGUGCGGGGUCUCCCCUUCUGAGUCUCUCAAUGGUCUUUUCCGGUGGUCCUGCCCCAGAGGCCCCUCCCACCCGAGUCACCUAACGCCCCCUCCCCCCCCCCGCAGGACACGGAGAACAGGAUUCUAGGUUGGGGCCGCCGCGUCCCAGGGUCCAUAGACUCCAGAGCUGGUCCUCAUGGCUAUGGAUUCAGUAUAUUUCGCUCCAGCCUCGGAGGCUCUGGAAGUCUGAAGAUGUUCCAGCCACCUGCUAAACACGGGGACGGCUUCGUCUGGCAUGUUGUCACCGGGGGAAAGCCAAAUUCGAGGAGAGGAAAGAACUUGUGGGAGGAAAGUUGCCUUUUUAGGCUUUACUCCCUGGAGUUACUCUUUCUGCCGAGAGGGUCCGACACGGAACGCGUGUGCAGCCCGCCUCGUGGGCCUUACCCCGACGGCGGCCCAGUGGUGGCCAGGCUCGGCCGCAUCUGCGGUGUGGGCUCCUGAUUCUGCUGGCACGUGUGGUGCCCACGGCAUUCACUAGCCUGUCCUGUCCUGUCGGUGCCAGGAAGUACCUUCAAAGGCUGGGCCUGCCAGACUAGUACCUUUCCUCCUCUGAGCUGGAUUUUUAUAGCCAUUAAAGAGAGGAAACAGGGUGGUAGGAGGGCUUCUGGAGACAUACUCAGCAGGGAAUUCCCGUUGGCUUCUGUUGAGAAGCAAAGCUGCUGGAACUGACGGGACAGAGGAAGCUGGCGUGGGAAGGAGGGACUUGCUACGGAAAACCUUGACCUGGAGAGUCGCUCCCACCUCCCCAGCUCUGCUGGAAGCUUUCAGAACAAAGUGUUUAGGUUCCCAAACUUGACCUGGUUUUAAGGGAAUUCUGUCCCAGGGAUGAGUUGGGGCUGCUUCUGAAGAGAAUUUAAAAUUACAAUCUAUAGCUCAACCUCGUUCAAGGUAAAGAAUAUCAGCAGCAAAUAAACGUUAAAUCAGU